AUGACUACCCUCAAGCCCGGUGACGCGUUCCCCAGCGACGUUGUCUUCAAGUACAUCCCAUGGUCCGAGGAGAGCGGUGACAUUACCGCCUGCGGCAUCCCCAUCAACUACAAUGCCUCAAAAGAGUGGGCCAACAAGAAGGUGGUCCUCUUCUCCGUGCCUGGGGCUUUCACCCCGACCUGCUCCGUGAACCACAUGCCCGGAUACAUCAAGAACCUGCCUAAGCUCCGAGAGAAGGGUGUAGAUAUCGUUGCGGUGGUUGCAUUCAAUGAUCCAUUCGUGAUGAGCGCUUGGGGCAAGGCCAACAAAGUGCAGGGUGAUGAGAUUCUCUUUCUCUCUGACCCCGAUGCCAAAUUCUCUCAGAGCAUUGGCUGGGCCGAUAGCGCGUCUGGCCGCACCGGCCGGUAUGCGAUCGUCAUCGACCACGGCAAAGUUGGUUACGCCCAGAUCGAGACGGAGAAGGGCGCUGUCAAGAAAUCUAGCGCCGAUGCCGUUCUUGCUUCUCUGUAA